AGGGCGAGGGCGGGGGAGAAUGGCAGUUGCUGUGUUGGUUCCUGGCUGCGACGGUCCGGCUGGAGUCACGGAGGGGAGUUCGGGAAAGCGGCCGCCCGCAACCGUUCCACCGGCAGCUCUCGCCCUAGCCGAGAAGGUUCCGCAGCAGUGCUGAAGGGCCGUCCUCCGUUCUUCCUCCGUUUUCUGCCUUCGCGGGAUGGGCCUGCUCGCCCGCCACCCCGCGCCGCCGCCGCCCUAAGGAGCUGAGAUUUUAUAUUAGUACACUGUAGCUAAAGAAGAAGAAGAAAAGAAGAAGAAGAAGAAGAAGAAGAAGAAGAAGAAGAAGAAGAAGAAGAAGAUAGAAGCAGCAUUGGAUCUUGUUACAGGACAUCUGUUUCAACAGUCUUCUCUUAAACUUUUUCAAGAUUCUCUGAAGAAGCCAAUGGGAUCUUUUUUACAUCAUGACUUAAUCUGAAUUCAAGAACAAGAAAUAAGUUUUAUUUUUAAAUACAAUGAAGGGCUGUGUAUGAACAUUGACUCUGACUCAGUUCUGAUGAGCAUUUUAGACAUGAGUUUACAUCAGCAAAUGGGUUCAGAUAGAGAUCUUCAAUCUUCUGCUUCAUCUGUGAGCUUGCCUUCCGUCAAAAAGGCACCCAAAAAGAGACGACUUUCAAUAGGCUCUCUCUUUCGGAGGAAGAAGGACAACAAACGUAAAUCAAGAGAACUCAAUGGUGGGGUGGAUGGAAUUGCAAGCAUUGAGAGCAUCCAUUCUGAAAUGUGUGCUGACAAGAACUCCAUUUUCUCUACAAAUACCUCUUCUGACAAUGGAUUGACUUCCAUCAGCAAACAAAUUGGAGACUUUAUAGAAUGUCCUUUGUGCCUUUUACGGCAUUCGAAAGACAGAUUUCCUGAUAUAAUGACAUGUCACCACAGAUCUUGUGUGGAUUGCUUACGACAGUACCUAAGGAUAGAAAUCUCUGAAAGUAGAGUCAAUAUCAGUUGUCCAGAAUGCACUGAACGGUUUAAUCCCCAUGACAUUCGCUUGAUAUUAAGUGACGAUGUCUUAAUGGAGAAAUACGAAGAAUUUAUGCUUCGACGGUGGCUCGUUGCAGAUCCUGACUGUAGGUGGUGUCCGGCUCCAGACUGUGGAUAUGCUGUGAUAGCAUUUGGAUGUGCCAGCUGUCCAAAGUUAACUUGUGGGCGAGAAGGCUGUGGAACAGAGUUUUGCUACCACUGUAAACAGAUCUGGCAUCCAAACCAGACCUGUGAUGCUGCUCGGCAGGAAAGAGCCCAGAGUUUACGCUUAAGAACUUUACGUUCUUCAUCUAUUAGCUACAGCCAGGAAUCUGGAGCAGCAGCUGAUGAUAUAAAGCCGUGUCCACGAUGUGCUGCUUAUAUAAUAAAGAUGAAUGAUGGGAGUUGCAAUCAUAUGACAUGUGCUGUCUGUGGUUGUGAGUUUUGUUGGUUGUGUAUGAAAGAAAUCUCCGAUUUACAUUAUCUAAGUCCUUCAGGUUGUACUUUUUGGGGGAAGAAGCCCUGGAGCCGAAAGAAGAAAAUCCUGUGGCAGCUGGGCACCCUUGUGGGCGCCCCCGUAGGGAUCGCUCUCAUAGCUGGCAUUGCCAUUCCCGCCAUGAUUAUUGGCAUUCCUGUGUACGUGGGCCGCAAGAUUCAUAAUCGCUACGAAGGCAAAGAUGUUUCAAAACACAAGCGGAAUCUGGCCAUAGCAGGUGGUGUGACACUGUCUGUGAUCGUCUCUCCGGUCGUGGCUGCCGUGACUGUAGGCAUUGGUGUUCCUAUCAUGUUAGCUUAUGUCUAUGGUGUGGUCCCAAUUUCCCUCUGCCGAAGUGGGGGUUGUGGAGUUUCUGCAGGCAAUGGGAAAGGAGUGAGGAUUGAGUUUGAUGACGAGAAUGACAUAAACGUCGGUGGGGCUAACGCAGCCAUAGAUACGACAUCAGUAGCGGAAGCAAGGCACAACCCUAGCAUAGGGGAGGGAAGUGUUGGUGGUCUGACUGGCAGUUUGAGUGCAAGUGGAAGUCACAUGGAUCGAAUAGGCACCAUUAGAGACAACCUGAGCGAGACGGCCAGCACCAUGGCGCUAGCGGGAGCGAGUAUCACGGGCAGUCUGUCUGGAAGUGCCAUGGUAAACUGUUUCAACAGGUUGGAAGUACAAGCAGACGUACAGAAAGAGCGGUGUAGUCUGAGUGGAGAAUCUGGCACAGUGAGCUUGGGAACUGUUAGUGAUAACGCCAGCACCAAAGCAAUGGCAGGAUCCAUUCUCAACUCCUAUGUCCCUCUGGACAGAGAAGGGAACAGUAUGGAAGUUCAAGUGGAUAUUGAAUCAAAGCCAUUCAAGUUCCGACACAACAGUGGAAGCAGUAGUGUGGAUGACAGCGGUGCUACCCGAGGCCACACGGGCGGGUCAGCCAGUGGCUUGCCCGAAGGUAAAUCCAGUGCUACCAAGUGGUCCAAGGAGGCAACGGGAGGAAAAAAGUCAAAAGGUGGUAAACUGAGGAAAAAGGGUAACAUGAAGAUCAAUGAGACCAGAGAGGACAUGGAUGCACAGUUGUUAGAGCAGCAAAGCACGGCCUCGAGCGAGUCUGAGGCGCCGUCCCUCAGCGACAGCGUGCCAUCUGUGGCAGACUCCCACUCCAGUCACUUCUCUGAAUUUAGCUGCUCAGACUUAGAAAGCAUGAGAACGUCCUGCAGUCAUGGUUCCAGUGAUUGCCACGCCCGCUUCGCAGCUGUGAACACCCUUCCUGAGGUAGAAAAUGACCGGCUGGAGAAUUCACCACACCAGUGUAGCAGUGCUCUGCUUUCCAAAACUGCUUCCUGUUCGGAGGUCCCGCAGCCCAGCCGAGCUGUAGACGAGCAGGGCUGCAGCAGAGGUGGGAGGGGGCCGGCUGUGGACGUGUGCUUCGGUGACGCGCUGACAGAGACAAAUAAUAACCACUCAUUGCACCAGACAGCAGACUUGAAAGUUGCUGUCCAGACGGAAAUUUAGGCCCGUGAAUGCUGCAGAGUAAUAACCACUGGACAACCUUGUUGGGAGCUGGUUGACCCAUAUGACUGUUAAGCUUCAGUUACCAGCAAAAGCCAGGUUUCAUAAUCAUAAUGCAAUACAUUUUGUAUGUCUAGCAAAGCAUUGUGUCUCAUGUCGAUAUUAAUUACCAGAUUAUGAAGUGAAGGCUUUAAAAUGCGUUAGUAUGAGAAUAACAACAUAAGAAAAAGGCAUGUUUUGUGUUGUCACAAAACACUGCUUGACGCACAUACCUGUGUAUUUAGAUAGAAAUUUGGCUUAACUUAUAAUCAUAUAAUACUAACACUGUUCUAUGGUAUUCUUAAGGAGAAUUGAGGCUUAGGGAUAAGUGGUUAGUGACAUUUUAUUGAAACCACUAAGGGAUGGAACUUGGCAGAUUACUCAGUAAUGUACUUUGUAACAUUUCUCUUCAUAGCUUAAAUUUCAUUUCUUCACAUGCAGUGUGGAUAUAAAGCUUCAUGCGGCCCGUUGGUAACCAUCCGGACACUUAAGACACUUGAGCAGAACUUUGGCAGUGUUUGCACAACUCUGAAGUAGAAAUACUUGGUACUGUUCCAUAGCUCGUAUGGUGUUGCCAUUUUAGAAGAAGAAGGUAAAAGUCUGUGAGGGACUGGCAGCAGCAGAGUACAAUCCCAUUAGGACCUGUCGCUAAGGGAACUUAGUGCCCUUUGAUUCUUGGUGCCUUUGGGAGAGACUGGGUUUUUACGAGCCUUGUCAUUUGAGGAUUUUGCUCUAUCAUUUCCCAUAAUGUCUUCUCUAGUCACCUUGGAUUAUAUAGAAAAAUAUAGGAAAUAGGUAAACAUGAAUGUGAUUAUUAACUACACUGAAGAAGUAUUCACCUACCAAAGACACACUCAGGCUUUAGUAAAUUUAAUGUUACAUAACCUCAAUUUUUAACAUGUAUAUCUUUUUGAACCAUGAAAUCAAAACAGUGCAGAGCUUGUACCAAGCUUUGUAAAAGGUGUGCGUGUGGCUUUGCCCCUCUUGCUUUGUUUAUGGGGGAUGUUCAGCUGACACGAGCAGAAGUUGGCCAAAAUACUGCCUGCACUACCGACUUCCCACACACUCUCCUGGCAGACUGACCUCACAGUGGUCAGGUACUCCAUCCUAGGGGUUUCCUCUAAGUAUUACCAUUAUGGUGCUACUGAGCAUUUUCUUUUGAUCAACAAGGGAAAUGUCCGGGCUGCAGUCGUACCUUCGUUUUCCUCGCUGCGUCCAUUAAUCUGCUUAGAUAACACUAGUGCCGGUUCUUUUAGCUGAUACUGCUCAUUAUGGUGUUGGUGCAUUUGUUUGCAUUCCAGUUUUGUUCAGUAAUGAGUGUGUAAACAGCAGACAUGAAAUAAAUGUAAAUACUAAUGGA